UAGCGAACUCGGAUCUCGAGAGAAAUUAGUGGGGCCUUCUCUGUUUAUCAACUACCAUUGGCAGUACCUCGACUUCAUCUUUUUCAUCUUCACUGACUUUUUUGAUAUAAUUUGUACCUCUUAUUUCCUUAUUAUCAACUAUUGACCAGUACUAUAGGUCAUGCCAGGUUGCAAUGUGACCACCAAAAAAACAUCCAAAACCUCGAGCUAUUUCGUCCGAUCAAGGGGGAAAAAGUCAACAUCUGGGAAUGGAGAUUUAUUGCAGACUUGGGGACAAGUCAAAAAAAGGAAGCCUAGGAAUGAUGAGGUUAAGAAACUGAAAAGUACGAUUUGUACUUUAGAUGAAGAAUCAUUGGGUGCAGGUUCUUCGACAUGUCAGGGCGUUGUGUUUGGGUCGGAGACAUGUGAAGAUUUGACGGCUCAAACUGAGCUGCACGAUGGGGCUAUUAAGAUGGAUUCCAUGGACCAUGGGGAUACAACGGUUGAUGCUCAUGUAUUGACCGAGCAAGUGAUUCUCCGGCCAACGAUCAACACAGCAGCGGUCGACGGUCGAGGAGACAUUCUUCAUAACAGCAACGGUGAUAUUACGAAUGGAGCAUUAACACAAAUAUCCCAAGUGUCCCAACCGGAGGAACACCAAGAAGAAAACCGUCAACAAAAACGAGCAAAAUCUCAACGCAAACAACCCCCCAAGCUCUCCCCAUACUUCCCCAGACCCCUCCCCCUAAUAGAAACAUCCUGCCUCCCCUUCCCAUCUGUCUCAGCCCCAACUUUCGGAUUAAUUCAAGAACAACUCGCCCUCUCCCCCUUUCGACUAUUAAUAGCCACAAUAUUCCUAAACCGGACUCGCGGCCCAGUAGCAAUCCCAGUUCUAUUCAAACUUUUCGAUUUCUACCCAACAAUCGAAGACAUGGCAGCUGCAAACCACGAGGAUAUUGUUCAUAUAAUCCGUGGCUUGGGAUUUCAGAAUCAACGAGCUACAAAAUUCAUUGCGUUGGCAAGGAAAUGGCUCGAUUCUCCACCGGAAAGGGGGAAGAGGUAUCGCAAAUUGAACUAUCCGUGUAAAAAGGCUGGGACGGAUAUUGCGGCUGAUGAAGUCGUUCCUGAUGAGGAUGAUGGGGAGCGAAGUGAUCGGAGAGUUGCAUGGGAAAUAGCACAUUUACCUGGUAUUGGGGCUUAUGCUAUUGAUUCAUGGCGUAUAUUCUGUCGAGAUCGGCUUCGUUACGGUUCUGAAUCACCAUCUGCGAGUUACGAACCGGAAUGGAAACGAGUCUUCCCUCAGGACAAGGAGUUAAGAGCCUAUGUUUCCUGGAAAUGGCUCAGCGAAGGAUGGGUAUGGAAUUGUGAAAAUGGAUCGAGGACAAAAGCGGACUCGGAACUGAUGAAGAGAGCUGAAAGGGGUGGUGUUGCGUUUGAGGGUGGGGAUGGGCAUUUGGUUGUUUUAAAUAUUCGUCCGUCUUCUGGAGGUUCUGUAGAAGAAAGGGACGGCUGCCCAGUUUUGGAGGAGCGAAGUUGGUUUGUGACCAACUAUCUUUUGAUAUAG